ACGGAAUUGUCAAGGGAGGGGAGAGCACCCGAGCUAGACGACGACGAGAGGGAUUGGGCUACGCCUACUCAGCCGCGGGUCGGGCCGAAUCAGGUCUGGAUUAUUGGGCCGUUUCGGUCAUCUUGGGCCCGGCCUGCUCUUCCGACCUCGCUUCGUCGGCUUCCUCUGGGUACAUACCAUGCUCCGUCUCAGGCAAGUCCGCUCGGUGCUCCUGAACCCUUUUCAGCCUCUCGCACCCGCCGCCAUGGACGCUGGCGACCCCUCCAACUCGCUCGCCCUUACCGCCAUCGAGCCAUCCCCUUUGAGCCCCACCAAGAAGAACAAGAAGCCGGCCAACCCGCCGAAGCGCUUCGUCCACACCCCGAUCCCUCCCUCCAUCCUCUCCGACCCCACCCUCGCCGCCGCCGCCACCUCCCUCCUCCCCGCCAACUACAACUUUGAGCUCCCCAAGACCGCGCACCGCAUCCGCUCCGCGGGCGCGCGCCGCGUCGCCCUGCAGCUUCCGGAGGGCCUGCUCCUCUUCUCGCUCCCGCUCUCGCACCUCCUCGCGCCAUACCUCGAGCCCGACCCUGCCAACGACGUCCUCGUCCUCGCGGACGCCACCUACGGAGCCUGCUGCCUCGCCGACCGCCCCGCCAAGGCGCUCGCCGCCGACGUCCUCGUCCAUUACGGCCACUCAUGCCUCGUCCCCGUCACAUCCUCCCUACUCCCAGUGCUCUACGUCUUCGUCGAGAUCCGUGUCGACGCCAAUCGCCUCGCCGCCGCCGUCCGCAAUGCCUUCCCGGACGCCGACGCCGCGCCGCGCCUCGCCAUCGCCGGGACCGUGCAGUUCAUCUCCGCGGUGCACGCCGCGCGCGAGAUGCUCACGAGGGAGGGGUACCGCGACAUCGUCGUGCCACAGGCGAAGCCGCUGUCCGCUGGCGAGAUUCUUGGCUGCACCGCGCCGGCGCUGAAGAAGUCGGAGGGGGUAGGCGCGGUGGUGUUCGUCGCGGACGGGAGGUUCCACCUCGAGGCGUUUAUGAUCGCCAAUCCCGGGGUGAAGGCCUACCGGUUUGACCCAUUUCUUGGGGUCCUUGUGCUGGAGGAGUAUGAUCAUGUUGGCAUGAAGCAGGCAAGGAAAGCGGCGGUGCUGGCGGCGAGGAAGGCCAAGAACUGGGGAGUUGUACUAGGCACGCUCGGGAGACAGGGGAGCGUCAAGGUUCUUGACAGGGUGAUGGAGCAUUUGGACGAGAAAGGGUUGGAGUACACGGUGGUGCUCAUGUCGGAGCUGUCCCCGGCAAGGAUGGAGCUAUUUGGGGAUUCAGUUGAUGCUUGGGUGCAGAUUGCGUGUCCUCGCUUGUCCAUCGAUUGGGGGGAGGGUUUCAAGAAGCCAGUGCUGACGACCUUCGAGUUUGAUGUCGCGCUGGGCUAUGUUCCUGGGUGGUGGGAGAAGGGGAGCAGGGAAUGGGGUGGCCAAGGUGGUAGUGGGUGCUGUCCGGGAUCAGGAGGAACUUGUGGAAAUUGUGAUUGCAGUGCUGGUGAUUGUUCUGGCGAGGAUUUUGGAGGUGAGUAUCCAAUGGAUUAUUAUUCACAAGACGGAGGCGAUUGGAAUAGCUGCUAUAUGAAGAAGAAGCCCUCUACUGGCGAGAGAAAGCCGCGUGUUCGGAUUGCAGGCAGCGGAGUAUGAAAGUAGAGCAGAAGCGAUGAAGUCAAGCAAUGUUGUGCGAUUGUGAAAUGAGCCGAAGGUAUCGGGAAUAUAUUCAUGGCAUUCAGAAUUUUUGACACUUGUCCAAUGCGCUUUUGUACGCAUCGAAAGAUACCAGCGGCAUGAGUUUUUGUUGGCGUCAGAUGACUCUGCUCUCAUCAUCAAACAAACCAAUUGCCAAAUGAUGUAUUACUAUAGCUGUAUAUUGUACCCUUUCCUUCGCCACACUGUAACGUUGCACUAACUGAAUCCUUCUAGAAUAGUUCUAAGUGUAUGGUGCACAUUUUACACCGAAAUUUACAGGUCGUCUUUUGGAUAAACUCAA